CUAGAUAUGGUAACAAAAAAAUGGGAAGCAAAGUCAUAUGGCGAAGAGUUGCUCGCAUUAGAUCAGUCUAAAGAGAUGAUAAAGAAACUCGUUAACUUGAAUGGCAGAUCCCAAACAACCAUAAUUAUCGAUGCACUCGAUGAGAUUAGCCAUGACGACUUAGCUAUUUUCUUUGAGGUGUUGGAUGGCCUUAUGCAAAUGAAAACACCCACAUGCUUGUUAAAGGUAAUUUUAUCAAGCCGGCCAGAAACCCGAAUUAGCAAUGCUCUCGGUCAUUGGCCUAAGAUAGAAGUCGCCCCUAUAAAGACGAAGAGCGAUAUUACUUUCUAUAUCGGUACUGAGGUAGAAACCCGGCUUAGAGAUAGAGACCAAUACGUCAAGGAUAGGAUCAAAACGACGCUUGCGGGACGAGCACACGGAAUGUUAGUAUUCCCUUCCUUGGUGGAAACUACCACUAGGUGGAGAGGAUAUUUUACAGGUCUGCCAUCACCUGGUAGUUUUCAACAGGGAAAAUGAUCAUUUCGACUUUAGACAUUUUUCGGUUCUCGAGUUCAUCAGGAAAGUUCAGCCGAUCGAUUAUAAUCCAUUCGACGCGCACGCAUUAUUAGCCGAGACCUGUUUUCAUGUUCUCUUCCAGGACCAUGUCAGACGGAUGCUGAGGAGCGGCCAAAUCAAGUCGUGUUGGGACGCACUGGCGUAUUACGCGAUGAUUCAUUGGGCUUUCCAUUGCCAGAAAUGCGGUUCAGUAAGGAGUAACAAGAGCCCUCUCAAGGAGCUGUUUUCCUCUUUUAUUGGGAAGGGUCUCGUAACUACUACAUUCCAAGAUUGGGUACGAGAAAUUUCCCGAUCAUCGGUCAUGCCACGCAAACCUUCCCAUUGGUAUCCCUUGAUAGAAGCAGACUUCGAAAUGAAUAUUCAAAAAGCGGAGUACCCACCGAUAAGUCCCUUCAGCAUGGCUUGCCUCUUCAACUUCUGGGAAGUUAUGGAAGAAGUAAUUAUUGAAGAUAAAUGGUUGCCUAUGGGCAUCGCAAUAGCGUCAAGAUAUGGGCAUAUAAGAGUGGUUAGCCAAUUAUUAGAAAAAAGAUCAAAAUAUGACCUAUUAUUAAAUACGAAGUCUCUCACAUCGAGAGGUCCAAACACCGUUAAUAGAGGCGGCAACCAGAGGCCACAGGGACGUUGUCUUGUUGCUUCUCGGAUAUGGUGCGGAUUUAAACCUAACUGGGCAUGAUGGACGCACAGCUCUUCACAUGGCCGCAUAUAAAGGGCAUGCACUAAUAGUUGAAGAAUUGUUGGCACGAGGAGCCAAGGUCAACGCCCUAAAAAAAUCGGCCGUGGCCCCUCUACAUGCGGCAAUCGAGGGGAGGCACGAGUCGAUUGUUGCUAAAGAACAAAACAGAUCCCAAUUCUCGAGACAAUCAUGGAAGAACAGCACUGCACUGUGCAAUAAAGCAGCAUCUUGAGAUAUCGGUUGAAUUAGCCCAAGAGUUGUUGGAGAAUGGAGCAGACCCUAACAUCCAGGAUGCAGCAGGGGAGACACCUCUCCACGAAGCCGCAAAUGUGCUUCCUCGUAGGGUACGCGGGGUAUAAAGCACAGGCCGAGCUGCUUUUAAGAAAUGGGGCGGACCCAAAUAUUCAAGAUGGCGAUGGCAGAACGCCACUACACAUCGCUUUCACCAAAUCGAACGAGAUAUUAGCAAGGAUUCUUUUGGGUAAUGGGGCUAACCCUGAUAUCGCAGAUAAGGAGGGAGUUGCAGCAUGGAUUGACUUGGAUUGAUUGUCUUGCAUGUUCGUGAUCAUGCGUACUCUAAACUCGGAAUAAUAGAAUAAUACCGUGGAAGCGUUCGGCACCAGAUAGAAAAGAGGAUUGAUGAUUUAAGAGGAUGAUAUUCGUAUAUCAGAUACCCUUCAUCUAAUAGUAAGCUGACAAGUUGGGAACGCCCGGACAUGUGAUAUCGCGUUUGGGAGUGGGUGGAUGAUACGAUGAGUCAAGCUUGCAGGGGAUAUCGUGAUGUCAUCGGCGUGCUUUCGCUAGCUAUAUGAGUUUUGACUAGAACUGUGUGAAAUUGUAUUACUUAUCCUACU